GUGCUCUGGCGCCGCCCCUUCCGCCGGAAAGAGGAAGCGCGAGGGAGAGCUAUGGCGCCUGGAGGAGCCCUGAGAGUGCUGGUCUGCGGGGACGUGGAGGGUCGCCUGGGCUCCCUGUACAGCCGCGUCCAGGCGGUGCAGAGCAAGAGCGGCGCCUUCGACCUCCUCUUGUGCGUGGGGAACUUCUUUGGCUCGGCUCAAGACCCGGAAUGGGAGGAAUACCAGACAGGAGCCAAGAAAGCUCCUAUACAGACAUACGUCUUGGGUGCCAACAACAGUGAAACAGCACAAUGUUUUCCAGAUGCCAGCGGAUGCGAACUAGCGGAGAACAUCACUUACCUGGGACGUAAAGGGGUAUUCAGCGGAGCCUCUGGGCUGCAGAUUGCCUACCUCAGUGGGACUGAGUCUACAGGGGGGGAACCAACUCCAGCCCACUGCUUCAGCACCAAGGAUGUGACUGAUCUCAAAACCUCCCUGCUGUCCACCUCUAAGUUCAAAGGUGUAGACAUCUUGCUGACAUCUUCUUGGCCAAAGGGAGUAGAAAUCUUUGGAAAUAUCCCUGGUGACAUAGACACUAAGAAAUGUGGCUCCGGCCUGGUAUCUUUACUAGCUGCGAGUCUGAAACCAAGGUACCAUUUCGCUGGCCUGCAAAAGGUCUAUUACGAAAGACUUCCCUACAGGAACCACACGGUUCUCCAGGAGGCAGCCCAGCAUGUCAGCAGGUUCAUCGCCUUGGCCGGGGUGGGCAAUUCUGACAAGAGGAAGUAUCUCUACGCCUUCAGCAUCCUCCCAAUGAGCUCCAUGGAGCCUGCAGAGCUGGUCAAGCAGCCACAAGAUGUGACAGAGAACCCCUAUCAAAGGCCUGGGGGUGGCAAGAGCUGUGCCCAUCUGCUGCUGGAUGAAAAGGAGGAGCCGGCUCCCCAGUUCUUCUUUGACUUAAGCAGCAAGCCAAAAGGAAGGAAGCGCCGCCAAGAAGGCGGGAAGGGGCAGCAGCCCAAGCGUGCCCCCGGCAAGCCCCCCCUGCCAACAGCCGCCUGCUGGUUUUGCCUUGCUAGCCCAGAAGUCGAGAAGCAUUUGGUGGUGAGCAUCGGCACGCACUGCUACCUGGCCCUGGCCAAAGGGGGCUUGACUCCAGACCACGUCCUCAUCUUGCCCAUUGGGCACUGUCAGUCGAUGGUGGACCUGGGAUCAGAGGUGGUGGAAGAAGUAGAGCAGUACAAGUCCACCCUGAAAAGGUUCUUCAGGGCCAGAGGAAAGAGAUUUGUGGCCUUUGAGAGGAACUACCGUAGUCAACACCUCCAGCUCCAGGUGGUUCCUGUUCCCCUUAACUGCUGCACUACGGAAGACAUCAAGGAGGCCUUCAUCGUCCAGGCGGAGGAGCAGCAGAUCGAGUUGCUGGAGAUCCCAGAGCACUCUGCUCUGAAGCAGAUAGUCCAGCCAGGGACGCCUUAUUUCUAUGUGGAGCUCGAUAAUGGGGAGAAGCUCUUCCACCGUAUUAGGAAGAGCUUUCCCCUCCAGUUUGGAAGGGAGGUCCUGGCCAGCGAAGCCAUCCUGGGCAUGCCUGGGCGGGCAGACUGGAGGAGCUGCCAAGCGGGGCAGGAGGAAGAAGCUGCAGCAGCCCAAGACUUCCGCCAGGCCUUUGAGCCCUUUGACCUCGCCCAGGAAGAUUAAGGGCCAGGGCAGGACUGAGCAGGCGGCAGCACAGACCAGCUGGAUCCUGCCCUCUCUCUUCCGGUGAGGAGCCUCCUUUUCCCUCCCUGCGAGGGCUCUUUUUCCACAGCCACAGAGACUUCCCGCGUGGAGGGAGUGUGGCCAGCCACAUCCACCUGACCCCCACCUCACCCCAAAUCAGCUACCAUUGGCCUGUCUGUGGCUUCCAGAGCAGAGGUGGCUGCUGGGUCUAAGUGGGGGUUCUGCGCACAACUCCAGACUGUGCUGUGGAGGAAGGGAAGGCAGCUGUUCCCUCUGAAAGGGAGGCAGACUCAUCCUACACAGAGCAUCUCCUAUGAGGUUCAGGGAGAGAGGGGUCUCUCUCUGCUACAAGGUCCUCCAGGGCACCCAGGCAGGACGGGCAUUAGAAGCCAUGGCAGGACAGACUCCUCUUCCCCUCUUCAUGGCUUCGCUUCAGCUCAGAAGAUGCUGCUCCUCGUUUCUGCUGGGAAAUCUUAACUGCCGGCCAAAGACGGAUUCCUAGGGAUUGCUCUGGGGGGAUGUAUAUAAUUUGAACAUAUGCUGAUUGUUGUACUGCAAAAAAAGUGUUUUGUCAUAAGAAAAUCCUCAAAUAAAAGGGUGUUUUUAUAUAUUUAAAUAAA